UGUAAAGAUUCAUUCUGUAAUGUCUAUUCAAUGCUUUUCUCAUUUAUCACAAUAAUAGUGAUGUGUAUUCUCAGUCCAAAUUGACUGCAUAUCAUCUAAUUAAUGAAUUUCUGUUAAUAACCCUGAUCUGUGCUUCAGGUGCGUUUCGUGAAGCCGGUGUAUAUGGGACAGUCUCUGCAGACGGAGAUGUGGAAGGAAGGGAACAGGAUUCACAUCCAGUGCAAGGUGAAGGAGAGCGGAGACGUGGUGCUGUCUGGAGCAAAUAUAGAUCUGCAGACGGAUGUGUGUGUCAGCGCCGGGUCUCCGCAGAGCCUCGGCCUGCAGAGCGACCUGGUGUUCUCUGAGAUCGCACGCAGGAUAAGAGACGGCGGUCAGGAGCUGGUGAAGAAGGUCAACGCUGUCUCAUGA